AUGGCUCCCAUUAGAUACGACGAAAGCAUAGAGUCCUUUAUGGAAGCCAAAACCCUAACAAUAACCGACGGUCAAACCCUCCACCGCAUUCUCCGCUGGCCCCGUCCCAAGUACCUCCAUCAAGCUCGCCGCCUCAACAUCUCCCUCCGCCACGACAGCGGCAAUUUUCUUUACCUCAACGGCGCCUCCAUGUGGCACAUACUCUCCGAGCAGGAAUCGUGCCAGGCGGAGAGCAUCUACCUCUGGCUCGACGCCGACUGCCCUGUCACACGUCGCCUGCUGCCCGAGUUCCGCGAGCUGUACAACUGUGUACCGCCAUCCGUCGCGGCCCGCUUGACUAUUGAUUUCCCCUGUGACGCCGAAGACGGGUUCUGGGCGUGGGAGGACGGGGUGGAGGUUGAAUCGCGGGAGGGCGGUGGACAGCUGGAGAGGUUGGGUCCGCUGGUGCCUGAGUUCCGGGUCGUUGCGAGGGGGCGGCAAAGGUUUAAUGAGACUUCGGCCGGAUAUGUUAGUUGCGUUGAUCGGGGGAGCCCUAGGAGGAGAGUCUUGAGGGCGAGUAAUCCGUUUGAGGAUAUUUUGCUCUAUGGGAGAGGAUUCGUUGAUGGGUCAUACGUCUAG